GCGCCGCGCGCACGUCACGCCGGCCCGACGCUCGGCCCAGGGUGAGCCCGCGUCCCGGCGCCGCUGGCCCAGGGCACGGACCCGCCACGGCCGGACCGCCCGGCCGGCGCCGCGCCCGCGCCCAGCGCGCCCGCCCGGCGAGCCAGAAAAGUCAGUUCUCCUGUGGAGGUGCACAGCUUUAGUCUCGAUUUCCUGGAUCUGGUAACAUGGCAAAAGAUGCCGGUCUAAUUGAAGCCAACGGAGAACUAAAGGUCUUUAUAGACCAGAACCUUAGUCCUGGGAAAGGUGUGGUGUCCCUGGUCGCUGUGCACCCGUCCACGGUGAGCACUCUCGGGAAGCAGCUCCUGCCGAAGACCUUUGGACAGUCCAACGUCAACAUCGCCCAGCAAGUGGUGAUCGGCACGCCCCAGAGGCCCGCGGCCUCCAGCACGAUCGUGGUGGGGAGCCCGCACACACCCAGCGCGCACUUCGCGUCCCAGAACCAGCCCUCCGAGUCCUCGCCCUGGUCUGCCGGGAAGCGCAACAGGAAGGGGGAGAAGCACGGCAAAGGCCUGCGGCACUUCUCCAUGAAGGUGUGCGAGAAGGUGCAGCGCAAGGGCACCACCUCCUACAACGAGGUGGCUGACGAGCUGGUGGCCGAGUUCAGUGCCGCUGACAGCCACAUCCUGCCCAGCGAAUCCGCGUACGACCAGAAGAACAUAAGGCGGCGAGUCUAUGAUGCCUUAAACGUGCUGAUGGCCAUGAACAUCAUCUCCAAGGAGAAGAAGGAGAUCAAGUGGAUCGGGCUGCCCACCAACUCUGCCCAGGAGUGCCAGAAUCUGGAGGUGGAGAGGCAGCGGCGCCUGGAGAGGAUCAAGCAGAAGCAGUCCCAGCUCCAGGAGCUCAUCCUGCAGCAAAUUGCCUUCAAGAACUUGGUGCAGAGAAACCGCCAGGCAGAGCUGCAGGCGCGACGGCCACCGCCGCCCAGCUCGGUCAUCCACCUGCCCUUCAUCAUCGUCAACACCAGUAGGAAGACGGUCAUCGACUGCAGCAUCUCCAAUGACAAGUUCGAGUACCUGUUCAACUUCGACAACACCUUUGAGAUCCACGACGACAUCGAGGUGCUCAAGCGCAUGGGCAUGGCCUGCGGGCUGGAGUCCGGGAGCUGCUCCGCCGAAGACCUCAAGAUGGCCAGAAGCUUGGUACCCAAGGCUCUGGAACCGUAUGUGACAGAAAUGGCUCAGGGAUCCAUCGGAGGUGUGCUCCUCACCUCGGCAGGCUCCGCCUCCAAUGGCACAAGGCUGUCAGCCAGUGACCUGAGCAACGGUGCGGACGGGAUGCUGGCCACAAGCUCCAACGGGUCUCAGUACAGUGGAUCCCGGGUGGAGACCCCUGUGUCCUACGUUGGGGAGGACGAGGACGAUGAUGACGAGUUCAACGAGAACGAGGAGGAGGACUGACCCCGCAGCCGCCAGCCUCGGGAGCACUGCGCAGAGAGGAGAGACUGCUGCCUUUAGGGUGGGUUUUGUUUCCUUUUGGCUUCUCCCAAGAAGAGGAUGCUGGUCAGCCACGGAGUCGAUGAGAAAGGACUGCCCGGGUUCCCAUCCUGCCGUGGACGCGGCCACCCCUGCGACGUGGAGCCUGCACACAGGCCCACAGCACAUUUUCUUCUAAGUUCAGAGUCCACUCCUGCCUGUGCUCGCUGGCCUGCUGAGGCCGUGCUGUGCCCCGCCGGGCAGUGCUCACCGGCCUGCUGCGGGGACGCUCCGGCAGGAGACCACGCGCAGCACAGGACAGAGGUGAGGCCCCGACCUCGCGUUGCGCUUCUCCGUGAGUGACGCUGGCCGCCAGCCCGUGGCGGGCGCUGCUCUACUGCAGUAUCGGAUCGCAAAGUACUUCUUUUCUCUGUGUGUGUUUGGUGAGUUACAGCCACGCUGGUGCCGCUGUGGAGACUGUCGGGAAGGGUCAUUGCUUAUGGUAAAAUUUGCCUGAUUUCUUACAGGCAGCAUUUGGAAACUUUUUAUUAUAUAGUUGUUUACAUACUUAUAAUUCUAUCAUUUAAAGACAUGUACUGAAACAAAUGUCGUAUUUGUUUCGUAAGCAUCUUCCUGUAAUCUAUUAUAAAGUUGAAAUUAAACAUAGAGAAUGUUUUAACAGUUUUUUAACUCAAAAUUUGUCAAUCAUUUUUAAUAGUUCUUUUUUUAUAAAAAGAAAAAGGAAUUUAAGGACAGGCAGUAGUCUCUUUUAAAAUUUAUUCACAGAAAACCGUUAACUGCACAGUUGCUGUUAGCUGCCUGUUCUGAAACAAUAGUCUUUUUAUUGAAACACAAAUAAAAUUUUCUGUAAUAUUUUAUGGAAUAUGAAGAGACUUUAAUUGUUGACUUGUUUAACUUGGCACUGUUAGUUUUUAUUAAUAAAACGCGCAUGGGCAUUU